CAAUACAAACCCCAGCCAGUGAACAAUUGGUACUUUCCAGUUCCCAGUAGUGGAUAAGAGAUCAAAAGCUAUGAGCGAAACUUGAAGGCGUGCGUGUGUGAGCAUGGCUGGCAUCACCAGCUUCCCCUUCAAGCUCUUCACCACUGCAACUGGAACUCGUUCUACUAUCUUCUCUUCCUAUGACUCCAAACUCUUCGGUCUUCCCCUCUCUACUCCUAAUUCUCUCUCUAUCUCCCUCUCUCCUUCCCUUCCCCCCUACAUAACCGCCCGCUACGGCGGUGGCUCUCGCUCUUCCGACUACGGCGACUCCAGGAGGCGCAAGCCUGACUCCGAUGACGAACAAGCUCUCGACCUCUCCAUCCUUAAGUCAGGUUCCGUUAGGCUUAUUGACGAGAAACAGAAUAUGGUUGGUGUAGUGUCAACUAGUCAGGCCGUUAAAAUGGCUGAAGAUGCCGAACUUGAUUUGGUAAUAGUAUCCCCAGAGGCAGAUCCUCCUGUUGUUAAAAUAAUGGAUUACAGUAAAUAUAGAUAUGAACUGCAAAAGAAGAAAAGAGGACAGCAGAAGAAAAGUGCUGCUAGUCGGAUGGAUUUGAAGGAGCUCAAAAUGGGAUACAACAUCGAUCAACAUGAUUACUCUGUGCGUUUGAGAGCUGCACAGAAAUUUUUGAAAGAUGGUGACAAGGUUAAGAUCAUAGUAAACCUUAAAGGUCGUGAAAAUGAAUUCAGGAAUAUUGCUAUUGAGCUUAUUAAACGUUUUCAGAAUGAUGUUGGAGAGCUUGCAACAGAGGAGGCUAAAAACUUACGUGACAGGAACAUGUUCAUAAUUUUGGUUCCAAAUAAAGCUGCUGCACAGAAAACUCAAGAACCACCAAAGAAAAGAGACAAGUCAGCAGCAGAUGAAGUCUCCGUCAGCGUCCAAACAUAAAUGAGAAUUUUUACGCGAGUUUCUAAUUGUAGAAUGAAUUGAGGCUCCAUACCUUGAUCAAGAAGGAUACCGUCCCAACAAAAGCUUUUUCAGGAAAACCGUCAAUUCUGGGGAAUAUUCCUGCCUGAUAUAUCUUCAGGGGAACACGCAGUACCUGUGUUAUUUGGUGCAGCUUAUAUAUAAACCUGGGUUCAGUCUCGUAGUUAUUCUAUCUCAAGAUGUAGAGGUUGCAACUUACAUACCUAACGAUUUGAAGGUAGAUUAGUUUUGAAAUGCUUACAUUCGAAGAAUGCGAACAUGUAUGUUUUUUUUAUUCGCAUAGGUAAACAGAACGUAGUCCCGAAAGCAACCCGUUAUAUGUGACUUAUUUUCAAAUUCCAAUAUUCAUUUGCUUUUUGUGCUGUGACGUGAAACCU